AAACUCAUCUUUUCCACGAGCAGUCAAAUUAUUCAAAAUGUGCAAAAUAAAAAUCAACUCAGUUCUUUUCUUAAUAGUACUUGAAAUAUUUUUUGUGGCCACAGCUGCCUUCGAAGAGACGUGCGAAUUCGACCGAGAAAUGGAAAAACAGUGCCGCUUGCAUAACUAUAAAACUGUUAAGCCUUUGCUUGAUUAUUUUAGGCAAGUUCGAAAUGAGUUAGAAGACAAAGAAAUUAAGGAAAACAAGUUAAAUGAAUUGAAUUCUGAUCUUAUAGAAAAGUAUCAUGACAUUGUAAGAAUUCAUGAAAAAUUCAUGAAGGAGGAAGCUCUAUUAGAUAAGUAUAAAACCAAAAUACUUAAAGGGGAAAACGAUUUGCAGUUGUGUCAAAACAAAGUUGAAGAAUUAGAAUCUAAAUUUAAUUCACAACAAAAUAAUUUUGUGAUAUUAAAAGGACAAUUAGCAGAUAAAUCCACCAAGUUAGAAAAUUGCGAACUUCAAUUAAAAAAUCUUAAUUCUAGCUUAAUUGAAAAAGAUGAAAAAAUAAAGAGAUUUAGUGAGAAUAUUCAAAAUAAUACUGAACAUCAGAAAACAAUUGAAUUGCAAUUAGAGCAGAGUAAAACUAAAUUAAUAAAGAAAGAUAAAGAUAAUCAGCUAUGUCGAGCUGAAGUUGAUACAUUGAAUAAGACUUUACUCAAUACUCUUAUUCCAUCAAGUUGCUCUCCUUUUGGAGAUUCAGAUAUUCAUCCACUCAAUGUUUCUGGGAUAGGUUUCUUCGAUGUUUUAUGCGAUAGUCAGUUAGCUGGACCUGGAUGGAUUGUAAUACAACAACGAGUUGGGGGAAAUGAGAGUUUCAAUAGGGAUUGGGCAACGUAUCGCAAAGGUUUCGGUUCUUAUAAGAGUGAUUUCUUCCUCGGACUCGAGAAAAUACAUCGUAUCACGAGUUUGCAGCGUCACGAACUUUAUAUACAUUUGGUUACUCUGAAUGGAAAUACCUACAACGCUAGUUAUGAGGACUUUAAAAUAUCUGAUGAAGACAGUGGAUAUAAACUGAGUUUGGGUAAAUUCGAUGGAACUGUUAUUGGGGAUGCGAUGAGAUACCACGAAACCAUGAAAUUCACAACAAUCGAUCGCGACAACGACACUGAUGAUUCUAAUUGCGCAGUUGACUACAAAAGUGGCUGGUGGUACAACGCUUGCUCUUAUUGUAAUUUAAAUGCACCAUAUGGGCCAAAACUAAAUUGGUGGGGAAAUGACUAUAUUACAAUAAAAGAAGCUAAGAUGCUAAUUCGCCCAAAAGAAGCGAUGAAGAAGUGAGCAAUUGAAGAGCUGAAAUUCCACUAUUUGACUCAAUUAUGUAAUCAUUUAUAUAUAAUUGGUGCAUUAAAAAAUUGGGCUCUGAAUAAAAAAACGAUCGACUAUUUAAU